GAGUCCAGCUACCCACCGGUAUUGUGUCAGAGAUGAAAUCAAUACUGCAACAGCGCCUAUUAUGAUUAUGACUGAGAUUAGUCAUAUCAACGCGGGAAACGUGGAAAUCUCGACCUCAAGGCUUCUCCUUCGAGGAGCCAAAGCUGGGGACGGCGACGGUCUCCAUGAAGCGUUUGGAGACCCCGAAGUCAUGAAAUACUGGAGCACGCUGCCACACGAAACAAUCGACCAAAGCGAAGAAUGGAUUCAGAACAUGUCAAAAUGCGAGACUAACGGAGUCACCGAUUUUGUUAUCUGCCUCAAGCCAGACCUCAACCCAAUAGGCAAGGUCGGCGUGUGGCACAAGCACGAAAUCGGCUUCCUCCUUGCCCAGACACAGUGGCGAAAGGGGCUAGCCUUCGAGGCUCUGAAUGCGAUAAUUCCCUACUUGUUCAACGAGAAGCGCCUAAAGGAGAUCACUGCCGAUGCAGAUCCCAGGAACUCAGCCUGCAUCGGGUUAUUACUGAAGCUGGGUUUCGUGGUUGCUGGGUUUUGCGAAAAGACGUUUCAGGUUGGGGACGAGUGGGUGGACAGUACUUAUUUAAAGUUGACAAAGGAGAAGUGGGAAGGAAAAGAGUCAAAAGCAGACCCAGAAGACUUGGUAGAGAGGAAUGAUUAGCCUUCUAAGGUGGCGGGGGCUCAUGUGUACUCCGUAUGUACACCGUAGGACUUUCAGAUGAACAACAUCAUGUCCGUUGUCUUUGAC